AUGGUGCAAAAUGCAGGGACGCUGGUGCUGAAGCGAGUGCGAAGGACAGAGGAGUGGAAUGCGGUGCUUGUGGCGUUUUGGUGGGUGGGAGGAAAGGGAGAGGAGGAGCGGCUGGAGUACGCUGCUGCUGCUGCUGCUGCUGGUGCUAGGGUUAACCCUCGUAGAGGGUGGGGCGCCAAGGGGAGGAAAGCAGCGGUGAUUGCUGGGGAGACAGGAGGAGCAGGGACUGGCAGUGGGAAAGGGAGGGAUGAGGGGAUUGAAGGAUGUAGCGUGCCUGUGAAUGGGGACGGGGACGGGGACGUGGAUGGGGGAAGUAUUGGGGAGGAUGCACUGGGAAAGGGCUCGGGUGUUGGAGUGGGGGAUUUGCCUGUGUUGACUGUUGGAGGAGCAGACAGCCGGGAGGUUUUCGAGGGUGCUGUUGUGAGUGUUGCCGGCCGUGGUGCUGGUACACGCGGGGCGGCAGGGGCAAAGGGGAGGAGGAAGGGGUUGAAGGGGGGGAGUGGUGUGGAAGGAAAACGAUUGUCCGGAGCAGGUUGGUCGUCAGGAGGAGAAGGAAAUGCAGGCAGGGGGGGAGCAUAUGAGAGUGAGAAAGAAGGGGAGAAUGAGGGGGUAGGAACAGGGAAGGGGCAGCGUGGAAUGGAAGAUGAGGGGGUAAGGUUGGUCGAGCAAAGAGAAUGCUGUUUGCUCGAGCAACCUGGAAUGGAAGCAGGGGAGGGCAACAAGGAAGACGAUAAGAAUGGGGGCGAGUGUGCUGUGGAGGAAUCAGUGGUGGUGGAAUGCUGGAAAGAGGAGGAAGCCAGGGAUACCUGUGAGGGGAAUGUGGUAGCACGGUUACUACCGGGGUAUGAUGGAGCGGAGACGGUGGUUGAUCAGGGAGGCAUGGCGACUCAAGAGGAACGGGCUUCAGUGUGUGAUGGGACGAGGGGUGGGAGGAGGGAGGGGAUGAGAGAUGAGAUGAGAGGGGAGACGAGAGGCAGGAUGAUUGUGAGAGAGGGGGGUGUGGAGGAGGGUGUUGAUGGGGUGGUGGAGGCAGGAGAGGGCGUGUUGUUUAGUGGAGGGGCGUUUCUGCUUCGAGAAGGAGAGGAGCUGCGAGUAGAGGCGGAAGAAGGGGAAGAGGAGGAGGAAGGAGCGGGAGAGGGGGAGGAGUCUGACGAGGAGGAGGAGGAAGAGAGGGAGGGGGAGGUUGUGUGUCACGAGCUGCGGCUGAGUGUGGAAAUGGAGGAGCAAGCGAGAGAGGCGCUGGAGGGGGGAGAGAGUGUGUUACUGGUUGAUGACGUGUCGGGGCGGGCUUAUCAGCUGCUGUCAGCUGUCGUCGUGGAGGGGGUGGGCGUGGAUGGAGGGAGGGAGGAGGGGGGAGGUAGUGAUGAUGAGGGAGAGGAGGAGGAGGAGGAAGAGGAGGAGGAUGGGAAUGAGGGUGAGUGUGAGUGUGGGGAGGAGGUGGAGGAGGAGGCUGAAGGGAAAGAGGGGUCAGAUAACAGAGAGGCCGGAAUGGAGGAGGUGGAAUGGGAGGAGGGCGAUGAGAAAAGGGAGGGGAAGAGGGAAGAGGAAAAAAAGGGUGUCGAGGAGUGGGAGGAGGAAGGGGAACGGGAAAGGAGAGGGGAGGAGGAAGCAGCUGGUGAAGAGGAGGCGUGGGCCGCAGAAGCCGCAGGUGGGGCUGUUGGGGGCAGUGGGGUGUGUGGGGUGGGUGGGGCAGUUGGGGCAGGGGACAACACCGUAGCUACAUCUUCCCACCCACCUUUCUCUGGCCCUUCGUGUCCAAACCACUGCAUGGACAACAGUAUAGUAGCAGCUGGUGAUUAUAACGAGGUAACUGACAGUCUUUCUCGUGAUGGUUUUAUGAGCACCGUGGUUACAGGGAGCGGAAGGGAGCUGCGUGCCUGUGACGGGCGGUCUCUCUCGUCCCUCUCUGGAGACUUGUCUUUUUGUGGGAGCUUGGAGGAUGCAGGGACUAUAGUCGACACCAGCGUUGGCACCGAGAGGGGCAGUUGCAGUGUGUAUAGUCGUGGGAUUGAUGCAGAAGGGUAUGCGUUUCCAGAGAGGACGAGAGGGUAUGUGCCAUCAGCGGCGGCGGCAGCGGCAGCCAGAGCAGUGUCUUUUGAGGCGCCGCAAGAGGGGUAUGCUUUUCCAGAGAGCUCAGCCCGUCAAGCCUCUCGUUACAGUCACACUCACCAGAUGCCUCCAGCCAUGCCGCCCAACCAAUGCUUCCUCACGCCCGUGCGCGUUGCUGCUCGGCGGGGGCUGUUCCGAAACGAGUGUGUGGCACCUGCGGUGAUGGGAGGGGGAAACCACUCCCGAGGUGCUCCUGGGGCGUUGGGUGGGGUGAACCAAUCAGGCAGUGGGGGUGCAAGAGGUGGAAAUGAGAGGAGAGCAGGGGGGCAGCUAACCGUGGGUGGGGUUCAAGGAGUGAGGAGGGGUAGUGAGAGGUUGAGGGGCGGUAGAGGGGGUGGGGAGGAGGUGGGGGUGGGGACUCAGCGAGCGAGAUUGAGGCCUGUUGGGGCGGUGAGAAGUGGGGGAGAGGCGGUUGAAGGAGGAGGUAUGGAUGUCGGGGUAAGGGCGGGUGCGGCAGGGGGAAGAGGGGGGGGAGGGGGAAGGACGUCAACAGGAGCAGGCCCAUGGGCAGGUGCAGAUGUAGUUGCGGGGGCAGCGGGAGAGGCAGAUGCAGGGCGACUUGAGGGAGAAGGGGCAGUAGCAGGAGGGCAUACGUCGCAACGAGGGGAGGCGGGAGGCAGUCAGAAGGGAGGGGGAGGCAGUCAGAAGUCUCGAGGAGGGAGGGGGAUGAGAGGGGGAGGAGCAGCCAGAAGGGGCAGAGGGAGAGGAGGAGCGAGGGAGAGAGUACAGCUGGAGACACAAGAGGAACGACGGGAGGAAUCACAGGAGGAAAUACAGGAGGAGGAGCAGGAGGAGAAUCAGGAGGAGGAUCAGGAGCAGGGAGAAGGCGAGAACAGAGAAGGCGAACUGAUGACCGUACCCAGUAGUGGUCGGCUGCCUGCCAUACAUUCUGGCACUCAUCUGUCUGGGGCACCACGCGUGGUGGGGAACGAGGGGAGGAGGGCGCCGCGGCGCUGGUGGUUGCUUACUGGCUCGUCGGCUUACCUGUGUGUGGCGUGCCCUGUGGUGCUGCGCCCUGUGCGCCCUGUGGAGCAUGGGGACCCUGUACACAGGAGCACUGGCACUGGUGGGUCGCUCUGCUUUAGGCAGCAUGAUGCUGGUGAUGGGGAUGGCGAAGAGGAGGUGGGGGUUCGCGUGGCAGGGAGAUUUCCUGCUGCUCCUCGCUCAUCGCCUCGUGAUUGGCCGAGCGAAGCUGCUGCAGGGGGCGCAGAUACUGAGGCUUCUUCAGAUGGGGAUAUCCCUACUGCCAGUGCUGGGGGCGUUGCUGUUGCUGCUACACGGGUGCAUGGGGCACCUGCUGAAUGUGCAACUGUGCAUGCCUUGAGCGCACGAAGUGGAGAGGGACCUGAGGGCAGAUUCAGUGAUAGCAUCGACGAGGCUACUGCAGAAGAGAGGAGGGGCGCUUUGGGAGCAGUGGAUGAGAGUGCGGCGAGUGGUGGUUCGGAGCCGUUGGUUCGGCAACCAGCGAGUGGUGGUUCGGGAAGAAUUGAAAUGACCUCAGAGGUGGUUGUAGAGAGGGAUCAGGAGAGGUUGGGAGGUGGUGGGGAGGGGACGAGGUCAACUGGGGACGCAGCAGCAGGAGCCUCAGAGAUAGAGGCAUCAGGAGGUGCAGGUUUGGCAGGGGCAGGGGAGGAAUCCGUGAGCUGUGGUGCUGUGAACAGUGUUGUGAACGGGGUUGGCUCACCUGCCGAGCCUGAAGCUUCGGGUGAAGGUUUGGCAGAAGGUGAGGAGGUUGGGGAAUCGAGUGGAUCGGAGAACGUGUUGGAGGAGGCUGGCUGUUUGCAAGAGGACGGCUUUUUAAAUGAGCAAGAAGCUCGGGAGGACGACGAUGCUGGGAACGAGGAAGGCCCUGAGGAAGUGGAAGACCGUGGUCCUAGUGACAGGCUAGCGGUGGGUUUGGCAGUGGCAGUGGGCGCAGCAGCAGGGAGUAACAGAGGUGCAACUUGUGAGGUGCAGCAAGAGGCGGUCGGGGUAGCAGAGCCGGCAGAGGGUAUUGACAUGGCAGGGGGUGUGCCAUCGGUUUGUGCUGCAGAGAGAGGGGCGCAUGCUGUUGUGGCGCCUUCCAUACCAACAGCCAUCGCUCCUUCAGAGGUCGAUGCGGGUGGGACCCAACUACCUUGUGCCGCUGCUUGUGCCGCGGAAACGCCUCAUUCACGGCUGGAUGCAGCACCUGAUGCAGCACCUGAUGCAGCUCCUGAAAGAAGACAAUUUCACACACCUGAUGAAGCACCUGAAUCUGGAAGCAGCCAGGCAGCACUUGCAGCAGCCGCAACACCCCACGCCAACCCACCAACCGAUGCCACACUGGCUGCUUCACAGCAACCGCUCUCCACCCCUCUCUUUGCAGCAGCAACCAUGCACCCUGCUUUCGUCGCACCUCCCGUCAUCGCACCUCACCCAAUCGCACCUGCCUCUACCACACCUCAUACCAUUGCACCUCCCUGUAUUUCACCUCACACCAUUGUACCUUCUAUCGCACCUCCCCCCAUCGCACCUUCCCCCGUCGUGCCUCCACCUAUCGCAUCUCCCCCUAUCGCACCUCUCCCUAUCGCACCUCCCCCUAUCACACCUCCCCCCAUCGCGCCCCCCCUUGUCACACCUCCCCCUGUCGCACCUCCACCUUUCCCGUCAACACUCUCCAUGCCCAGUCCCUCUUCCAUUGGCGAAGCAGCAGCGGCAGGCACAGCAGCAGUAACAGCCGCAGGAGCUUUCCAUCCAUGCGUUCUUUCGAACGCACAUGCGCCACAGCCACAGGGUUAUCAGCAGCAGCCGAGGGGAGGUGGUGUUGAGGAUGCACGAGCAGCGGCAGCAGCAGCGGCAGCGGCUCCUGCUGCUUCGGCUGCAGCGCAUGCUCUUGACCCGUGGCGAAACACCUAG